CGGGCUCGAAGACACAGGUCGUCAUGAUCAAAGCGAUACUAGUGUUUAACAACCAUGGCAAGCCGAGACUGUCCAAGUUCUACCAGUAUUUUAAUGAAGACAUGCAGCAGCAGAUUAUAAAGGAAACAUUCCAGCUGGUAUCGAAGCGGGACGACAAUGUGUGCAAUUUCCUCGAAGGUGGCAGCCUGAUCGGUGGUUCAGACUACAAACUCAUCUACCGACACUAUGCGACGCUGUACUUCGUGUUUUGCGUCGAUUCCUCGGAAAGCGAGCUAGGCAUCCUCGAUCUGAUACAGGUGUUUGUGGAAACGUUGGACAAAUGUUUCGAAAAUGUGUGCGAGCUUGAUCUGAUCUUCCACGCCGAUGCCGUACACCACAUCCUCUCCGAACUGGUCAUGGGUGGCAUGGUGCUGCAGACGAACAUGUCCGACAUUCUGGCCCGUAUCGAGGAGCAGAACAAGUUGCAGAAACAGGAGGCUGGAAUCUCCGCGGCUCCGGCGCGGGCUGUUAGUGCGGUGAAGAGCAUGAACCUGCCGCAGCAGAUCAAGGAUAUCAAGCUGCCGGAUUUGCCACAGGCGAUAAAAGAUUUGAAGUUCUGACCAAACCACAAUUUCGAUGCAUCGUUACUCACGAAAAUUUCCGCCGAUUCGUCGUACAUUCCCAUCAACAGUAGCCUGGAGGGCUUCAGU